CCUUAACCGGUAGGUGUCGCUGCAGCCUCUGCUCGUUGUCACACGCGUCUUUUCCGGUCGAGGCGUCAGUGGCUCCCACAACACAGAAUAUGGCGACCAGCUCGGAUCGAAAUCCACCUCCUUUCCCCGCAACAGAUGAGCCCAAACCCGGACUGUCUGACCUGCUGGAUGGGGACAGCGACGAAGGCGAUGACAUUUUCGUCAGUAACAGGACAAACCCGGUAUCAGUCAGUCGAGGAGUCUCCCAGCCCGAGCGGGUCCGUGAAGAGCCUGGAGACCUGUUCAGCCAGGAGGAGGCCGGCCCCAACACUGCCAAGUCAAACGGGGUCAACUCUGAUGAUGACAACGACCUGUUUGCGGAGGCACAAUCAGAUCUCAGCUCAAACACGCCCAGCAGCGCCGCGCGGCCGGACAUCUCCACUUCCUCUGGUCCUCGGCCCGCCUCCUCGUUCCCUCAGAACCCCGCCGCUAUGCAGCACACCUCUUUGGAGCAGUUAGAGGAGGAAGAGGCCAAGGACAGCUUUGAUGUGGACGUUGCCGUCACAAACCCGGAGAAAGUCGGUGAUGGUAUGAACGCCUAUGUGGCCUACAAAGUCUUCACCCGGUCUUCCUUGCCCAUAUUCAAAAGUAAAGCGUUCUCCGUUAGAAGGCGUUUCAGCGACUUCCUGGGUCUGUAUGAAAAGCUGUCAGCCAAACAGACGCUCCACGGCUGCAUCAUCCCACCGCCGCCUGAGAAGAGUGUCGUAGGAAUGACUAAAGUGAAAGUGGGAAUGGACGACCCGUCAUCUCUGGAGUUUGUGGAAAGAAGAAGAGCUGCUCUGGAGAGGUAUCUACAGAGGGUGGUUUCUCAUCCGUCUUUGCUGCAGGACCCUGACGUUCGUGAAUUCCUGGAGAGAGACGAUCUCCCCAGAGCGGUGAACACCCAGACUCUUAGUGGAGCGGGAUUUCUCAAAAUGAUCAACAGAGCGUCUGAUGCCGUCAACAAGAUGACCAUCAAGAUGAAUGAGUCGGACACUUGGUUCGAGGACAAGCUGCAGGAGGUUGAGGCUGAGGAGCAGCAGCUGAGGAAGCUUCACGCCGUGGUAGACUCGCUGGUCAAUCAUCGGAAAGAGUUGUGUGGAAACACGGCAAUAUUUGCCAAAAGCAUGGCCAUGCUGGGGAACUCGGAGGACAACACGGCGCUGUCGCGGGCCCUCUCCCAGCUGGCAGAGGUGGAGGACAAGAUGGAGCAGCUGCACCAGGAGCAGGCCGCCAGUGACUUCUUCAUCCUCGCAGAACUGCUUGCUGACUACAUCCGCUUACUGGGUGCUGUGCGGGGUUGUUUAGACCAGCGCAUGAGGGCGUGGCAGCGAUGGCAGGAAGCUCAGAGCACACUCCAGAAGAAGAGGGAGGCGGAGGCCAAACUGCUGUGGGCCAACAAACCCGACAAACUGCAGCAGGCCAAAGACGAGAUCACAGAGUGGGAGACGAAGGUCACUCAGUACGAGCGAGACUUUGACAGGAUCGGGAUGAGUGUCCGCAAGGAGUUCCUCAGAUUUGAGAAAGAAAAAGCGAAGGACUUCAAGAGCCAGAUAAUCAAAUAUUUGGAGGCGAUGAUGCAGUCUCAACAGCGGUUUAUAAAGUUUUGGGAGGCGUUCCUGCCUGAGGCGAAGGCGAUAGCUUAAUGAAGGAGAUGAUCUCUUUUGAAGAACACUUUACCUCUUUGCUAGGAGCUGAGAGGACAAUGUAGAAACACAGCAGAAACUUCCAUCCUUUUAUUGCCUCCUAACUUUGUAAUUGUCUUCUUGUACAGAACUUUUGAUAAUAAGCUACCACUCUCUUCCUGACACCUUCAUCUUUUAGCGCUAGAUUUAAAAACUCUUAAAUGCGGGCGACUGAGAUUAACUUGGACACGUUGUAUGCUAAACUCACCAUCAUGUCGUUGUGGAAUUAAUAUGUUUGUUACUUAAAACAGUGUGGAUGUCUAACAAUGGAGGUCGCAGUUUACAUGGGGAUGUUCUGGAUGUUUCUCCACUAAUGCUGCGUACACACCGGGAACGUGUCGAGGUGCUUCCACAACGACCACGUCGACUUGUGUUUAAGUGGCCACUUUCAAUGAAAAGUCGAUGCAAACGCGCUCACCUGUUUUCCUGGCUUCCUGCAUCAGGUUUUUUAGUCGAGUCGAGAGCUCUACUCACAAAUCAGGCACACAUUGAGCACGCGCUGAAUGUUCAACCCGGUUGAACAUUUUCAACGUGGAACUGUGACCAAUCAGGGACUGAGCUGAUAGAGACAUGUUUGGGGCGUCCGCUUCAAAACACGGAAGUGCCAAACAUGAUCACAAAGACGAAAUUAAUAAUUGCAGUUUGUGCCCGGUUGGAUUAAUAUAACCCAGACAUACAUUUAAGGACAAAGAGUUGUGAAAACAAAAGAUUUGCGAGAUUUGACUUUUUGCUCAGAGAUUCUCCUUGUUGUAGUUGGUGGAUGAACAGUAGAAAUGCAGUAGAAGAAGAAUCCCUUCCCUGCUGCUACCUGCGUUUGUAGCGCUGGUUCAAUGUAGGAAGAUUGGGAACGUAUGUGAGUUCAGGAACGUGUCCCUAGCACACAUACUUAAUGUUGGAAGAUUCUUUGAGCGAAAUGUCAAAACUGUGCAAAUCUCACGAAAAUUGUUCCAGGAUUUUCCUUUCACCGGAUUUUUUCCACAGCUCUAUUCCGAUAUUUAAAAGACUUUUUCAUAGAAUUCUGGCCUGGCACACACCUGUGUGACUUAUUUCUCCCCAUGAUCACCUUUCAAACUGUUGACUAACGUGAAUUAAAAUGAACGCCAUCCAUACGUCACCAUUACAUCCGAGCCCCUGAUUUGUCAAAGUUCAACAGAAUUUCUCUCAACACGUGUUCAGUGGGUUUGCGUUGAGCCUGAAAACGUUUUUAAAAAUGUGCGUAGUUGCGUGGGAGUUUUGACACGUUUACAUAGUUUUUAUUGGAAGUGAUCGCUUGACUGUUCGUGUUGCGGAGGUCGAUGUGAACGCAGCAUAAAAGGUGUAACUGAUGGAAGCUUUUUAGAUGGUGCGAUGUGCAAAACUGAAAAACUUUAUUUAAAAGAAUAUGACACUACUACUGAGUGUCACGAACCUUCAGAAGGUGUUCCAGUGCAUUGUAGUUUCGUCUGGCCUUGCUCUGACAAAAAUCUUGUGAAAGUGCCGACUGAAGGUCAGAUUGUGAUGAAAGUUGAGCUGUCAGGUUGCAGUGAGUCACAAUGUAAUCUUUUUUCUGUUACAGCAUAUUUACAAGUAUCACAAAAACAGUAUUAUAAGUCGUUUUCUAUAACGGUGUCCAGAAUAUAACUUGAAUCCUGCAGAGAGUUCUGGACAUGGAUACAUGUACAGAUACUGUUUUACUUCACUUAUGAACUUUUUGAUAAGUUUAUUGUAGACAUGAAGAAGCAGAAAGUGUUGUGCUCCCUUAUAGUUUUUUCUUAAUCAGCUUUGUAUGUGUAGUCCUGUCGUGUCAUCUUAAUGUGAGAAUGUACUUUAUUUUUGUAACCACUUUGCAUUAGUAAAACAUUUUCAAAGAAAAUUAA